ACGAGGUGAUGUUUAACAUUCAGAGCGACAUAUACGCCUGGGUGAGGCUGCCGUUCGUCCACGGGGGUAAAAGGCCAGUUCGUGUGGCCAUCCCAGGGGAGAAGAGGAAGCCCUUGUGUCGUUAUGCUACCCCAGCCUGCCCUGUCAAGCCUGGGGUACCUACCACCAUCACCAAGUCCGUCACCAUCCCUCUGCAGGCCAGAAUGGCGCAGGGGAACGUGCUGGUGGAGUUCAUCGCUACUGACGAACAAGAUCAAGUCGUCAUAUGCUUCAGAGCUCCUGUGGUAGUCGCCUAGCACAACGCUACUACCUGCUACAGUCGCUGCUUGUGUCGCCACCUCCCUCUCUUAUCCUCGCCACCUGUGCACCUGCUGGCAGUCUCCAGUACCACCACCUGCCUCGUGUAUUAUCUAGGUGUCUGAGACAAGGGUGGAUCUACUGUGAAACUAAUGGAGCUUUAGCUUGAGGGCCCCUAAUCCGGGAGAGGCUUCAGAAGGAAUUUUAGUCCACACUGCUUAAAAAUUUUGGAUUUACUUUAUGAGGAGGAGUUGCGGAGUUCCCCAAUAACAGUUCAGGUUUCAAGGACCGAAAAACAGGUUCAUCAUUAGACUGAAAUGAGAAUGGUACAGCAGACGCUCUCUCACUACCCACUACUCCUGGUCACGACUGGCAUCAAACAGGGGGACUUACAUAUCAUAUUAAAAAACGGAUUAGAAUUUACAGGAGCAAAUGGAAUGUGUGAUCCACAAACUACCUCUAAAUAAUAUUGUUGUUAAUAA